AUGGAAGACGUAGCAGCGGAAAUCGUCCUCUUUCCAGAGACAGAUGAAAUUGCUCCUCUUGUCCGCGAGAAAGCUAUUGAAAUUGAAUACACGCUUUUGGAACUGGACGAGUCCACAAGGAAAGUGAAGUUUUGUCUGAAGGCGGACGAAGUCUUCGAGCAACUGCAGACUUCAGCAGAAGCCGGAGCCGGAGCUUACACGCAAGAGCUGGGAGGAUUUCAGAUAGAGUCGAAACCCGCGAAACCUUUCGACAGCAGCGCGAAAUCUCUACUAUCCGUAGAGCAGGACAUGGUCGCAAGGAGAGCCGCUAUCGCCGCGCGCCUCGGCCGCCCUGGCAACAACGCCCUCCUCCCCUUCACCAUCACCACCUUCCCCCGCUUCGGCACCCACUCCGACGUCCUCGCCUCCCUCACAACCAGCCCCGCCCUCCUCGCCGCCCCCUCCCGCUACCGCGCCGUCCAGCACCACAUCACCACCCGCCGCCGCGGCGCCACCAUCCCCCCCAUUACCGUCCCCCUCUUCCUCGACCGCAACACCUUCUCCUCCCCCGACGCCCUCCCGCCCUUCAUCGUCCCCACCAGCGUCGAAGGCGAUGGCAGCAGCAGCAACAGCGGCGCCAACAUCACCUUCCACCCCUCCGAAAUGCUCCUCGGCGCCACGCAAUGCUGCCUCCAAUGCACGCUGCAAGCCGCCUCGGCGUCGGCAGCGCUCCGCCUGCACGACCGCGCUCUCGCGCCGCUGGGGCCGCUCAUGCUGGCGCUCAGCGCCGCUGCGCCUGCUUACCGCGGAUACCUCGCUGACACGGAUGUGCGCUGGGAUGUGCUGAGGCAGCUCGUCGAUGAUCGGGAUGAGGGGGAGCGGCGGGCGCAGGGGAGGUAUGGGGCGAGGUAUGGGGUUGGGGAGGUGUGGUUGACGGAGUUGGGGCUGGGUGGGGAGGAGGGGGAGAAGGAGGAGGAGGGAUGGGGGUUGGAGGGGCUGAGGGUGGAUGAGGGGGUGGUGGGGAGGUUGGUGCGGGGCGGGGUGGAGGAAGGCGUGGCGAGGUAUUAUGCUGGGGCGUUGGGGCGGCCGUUGUUUGUGUAUCUGAGGGCGUUUGCGGAUGCGUUGCGCGAGGACGCUGAUGGUGGUGAGGGAGGAGAGAUGCGUGGAGGAGGUGGUGGGAAGGUCCCGCCCAAUGCCAACUUCGAGGCCAUGCACAAGGCUUUCUUCCCGCACGUUAAGCUCAAGCAUCCUACCGCUGAGGGUGAGGGCUGGCGCGUCGAGUUUCGGCCCAUGGACGUGCAGCUGUCGGACUUUGAGAACGCGGCGUACGUCGUCUUCGUGGUGCUCGCGGCGCGGGCGGUGGAGCGGUUUGGCGUCGAUUGGCGCGUUCCGCUGGGAAAGGUGUGGGAGAACUUCGACCGCGCGCACCCCCGGGAUGCGGUCAGGUGGCAGCGUUUUUGGUGGAGGGUAGGGGAUGGUGGCGACGACAGGGUGAAUGGGGUGGAAGGGAAGCGGCCCAAUGUUGCGCUGCUGACUGCUGAUGAGAUUGUUAACGGCUGCCAGUCUUUCAAGGGGAUUUUGGCACUCGUGGAGGAUUACAUGACGGAAGAAGGCUUUACUCUCGAAGAGCAGGAGCAGCUGCGACCGUACCUGGACUUGGUUGGUGGCAGAGCCAGCGGCAGGCUUCGCACUGCGGCGCGGUUCAUCCGAGAUUUUGUGAUGCAACAUCCUGAAUAUGCCCGGGACAGCCAGAUUACUGAAGGUAUCUGCUUCGAUUUGCUUCAGGAAAUUAGGAGAAUGGUAGAUGGAAAACGGGGUAAUGCGAUGUUUACUUGA